AUGAAGACAACCAUCAUUACUCUGGCUGCCCUGAUGGGCCUUGCCGUUGCUCUGCCUACAUCUGAAACCCAGAAGCGUGACACUGAAGUCAGCGAUAACAAUAUUUGGGGAUGCCAGGGCACAAAUGGUGACGACAUGCUUUGCCUACGCGGCGAGGAUGACACCGAAGUCAGCGACAACAAUAUCUGGGGAUGCCAGGGCACAAAUGGUGACGACAUGCUUUGUCUACGCGGCGAGGAGGACAACACUGCAAUUGAUGCUGGUAUUGUUGCACGUGGUGAGGAUGAUACUGCUAUCGGCGGUGGUAGAGUUUGGGGAUGUCACGGAACAGAAGAAUCAGACAUUCCUUGGGGUGACUGCCCUUAG